GUUUUGUCAAGUACUGAUGUGUCGCCACACGGAAAGGAUGAGCAUGUCCAGCUGUUCAUGAACUAUCCUUUUCCCAUAAGCAGUUUGCAGUCGCGUGUGUUACAUUCACACUACAUUUCCCAUGAUGCUUACGUUAGAAGAGGGGUUUGGCUUGUUAGGCGCGCGCUGCGAAGAAAACUAUUUGAAAGAAGAAAUGGCGGAAAAACAUUCAGAAGCUGGACAAUGUCGCGGAAGUGUCGCCGUUGCUGAUGAUACCCAGAAUGAGGUCAACUCGGUAAAACAGAUAUCGAAAAGAUGCUCCACAAGCCCCAGCACAGCUCCCCCAAACAAAUCUCCCCGUACCGACCUCUCACCCACCACACAGACACCAGAUGCAGGGGAAGGACCGUCAGAGAAAGAAAAACUAGAAAUGCAUACAGAAAACACUGGGGGAUCUUCGAGUCCCACUGUAAAUCCCACUGCACGAAGGAAAUCCUGGAGGAGAGCAACCAUAACCCGACGCUCUCUCCCUGCCCUUCCCAACCCAUAUCAGGUUUUGUGCAGGAGCAUAAGUGCAUCCUUAUCACAGCAAGAGAGGCUCGAGAAAUUGAUGGGUGCUUCAAUGAGGCUGGCAAUAGAAAGAACUCAGAAUUCGCUGCAGUCAGUGCCGAACACCUCACUCGAGUCUUUUCAAAAACAAGUUGAGCAUGUGCAGAAAGAGUGGGGUUGUCUGGCCAAAAGCAUAUGGGAUGAACCAGGGGGUGAUCAACUCUCUGCUAGAGCAUCCAGUUCUAGUGAUCCUGCAGUGCAUAGAGCCAUGGAAAAAGUCCAGAAAGCCAUCAAUAGGCUCCAGGCUGAAAGUGAAUCUUGGGAGGCACUGUUGAACAAACACAGGAGUAAAGCAGAGGAACUGAAAAGGAAAGUGGAGCAGGGCCAAGAAGGUGGCGUAUCAUUAGACUCUACAUCUGUGGCCCAGUCCUCACAGUACCAUUUCAUACAGAGUAAACCCGACUACCGCGGUCUCCUCUGUAGACAACAGCCCAUGCUUCACACUAUGGCAUUGAUUAUGGACACUCCAAGUAAGAUGGUUAAAAAGCUUCUGUCCAUCAAGGAGCAGUCACAGUUGUUAGUGAAAGAGACUAGUGGCCGAUUGGCUGCAGAGGCAGGAUUCCAGGAUCUUUCACCUGACCUCAUCAGGAAUCUCAUGGUAGCACCUUUAUCCUCUACAACUUCAUAGUCACUCUGGCAGGAGGCAAGCACAAGCAAUCACUCAUCUAAUGGACUAUGACUCUUUAUGACUUGUAUAUGAACUUUCUGGUAAAUCUGCUGUUAUGUGAUUUGGGAACUUACAAUUUAUUUGUUUGUGUUAUUGGAUAAAGUCAGCUCUAAGUUUAUGUUUUCUGUGUCAAAUAAAACCACUUCCUUCAGCUGCAGGACUGGGAGUAGCUCUAGUUCAGGUAAUCCAUGUGUUUGACCAGCAGGUGGCAGUGGCUGGCUAUACCAUAUUAUGAUAAGCUUGGUGAAUGGCCAGAGUGUAUUUUUCUGUUAGGCCUUCAUUAAGUGUAUUACCUGUAAAACCUGAAUCUGUUAAGACUAGACUGCCAGCUGUAAAGAUGUAAAGUUAUUGGUCAUUGUUCAUAAAAUAUACAGAAAUAUUGAAAUAUAAUGACUAUCGUAAACCAAAACAUGUUCUUUAUAAAAUAGUUUGAAAUGGGAAAUCAUUGGAUAUAAGGACAUUUUAAGUGGUCUGACUAUUGGUCUACUAUUUUAUAAAUAUCCUCAUAAGUGAAAUUGCAAAGAGUAAUUGAUACAUGGUGUCAUUUUCAAAAAGUGCCAAUACACCUGUGAAGAAAUGUGCCAAUGUUUCCAUUGAAAUCGACUUGUACAACAGAAAAGCAUUAACUUAAAUAAUAUUGAAUACAGAAGGAUUGUGCUCUACAGUUUGCCUAUAGUUUUGUUUAUUUACAGUACAUUUUACAUGCUUAUUCUCAGUCACAUUUACUCUUUUUUUGGUGCUGCAUCUAUUUCACUUUAUCAGUCUCCCCUGACCAUUCAGGAGGAGGCCCCUCCCCCACAGUGACUCACCCCCAUCUCUUGCAUUUGGCUGGGUCACUGAUGCAGAACGAAGCUUUGACAUUGUACCAGUCAGUCAACGCUUUGUUCGCUAUCCCUCCUAUCUCUUGGACCCAUUCACUCAUUAAUGUUCAUACUUAAUUCUCUGAUAACAGUGAGAAGAAAACCCUUUAACCAUUGAAAACAAUAAAUUAAGAGUGAAUGAC